AUGGAACCAUGCAUCUGGAAUCCGAAAGAUGCAAAUCAUAAAGCUAAGAAGAAACAAGCAGAUGCAUGGAUUCGUCUAGCUGAACUUACUGGAAGGCCACAAUCACAACAAAUAGAAGAAGAUACAGAUCAGACAGAGGAUGACCCUCUGAUAAGAGACCGUACAAGUACGGUUACCACACCAUCCACACCACCAUCUAGAUCACCAUCCAGACCACCAUCCAUACAAGCUGUUACUAAUAAAAGUCGUCGCCCUGCUUUUGAAACGGCUGAAAAGCAAAUGGCCGUGGCUUUUGGACAAUUAACAAAUUUUUUGGGUCAAAGGCAGAAUGAAAAUAUACCUGCUCACAAAGACGAUAAUUGCGAUCUAUACGCAAAAUUAUUGGCUAUAAAGCUACGUGAACUGUCAACUGAUGAACGAAAAAUUAUGAUGUACCAAAUAGAUGGGUUGUUUAUAAACAGAAUCAGUCAAAAAUCAAAUGAGCGUCAUACAACAUACUAUUAUUCUCGACCGUCGUCAAUGGCUGGUGCAUAUUCAACACCAUCUCCUCAAGUCACUCAGAGUCGGCCAACAUCAGUUAAUAGUGUUUAUUCUGAACCUAUUCAUAACAACCAAAGUUUUUUUUCCCUCUCCAAACACACAAACUUCUUAUUCAGCGCCAGACAUGGCAAAACAUAUACCAACUCCAAUAGCUCCAGCUCCGUCUACAUCAACAGCACCCUCGUCAUCUAUUCGUAUCAUAUCGGACCAAAUCAUCAACCCAGCCCCACGUGA